UGAGACUAGUAGUAGAACAAAAAAAGUGUGCGACUUUAAUGGGGGAACUGUACACGUUAGACUGUCUUCCUGAUUUUUUUUAAUUCAUUCUAAGUGUGAGCAAACUACGGCCGAAUUGACUUCCUGACUUUUGUACAUUUAUACGUUUCUAGUAUUCUAAGUGUACAUGUAUAUAGACUUUGUAACUUACUGAGGCGUGUUGAGCCGGCUGAAAAAUAUUGGACACUUAUAACAACGGGAACAGAUUUUAGAAUGUAACGCUUAUUUUCCCCGAGUGAAAACGCAGCAGUCCCAGAAAUUCGUGUUUAGCUCAUUAAUGGGUGUCUUUUGCCAAGAUGGUCUCGGUGACAGUAUCUUCAGUUUGCUACAUUUCUGUAGCCAUGGGGAAGACACCUAUUUGGAGAUGAUAGUUAUUCAUACCUAAGGGGAAGAACAAAAGGAAAUGCAAGAGCACUCUGCUCUCUCUCAGAAUGUUAGCCACAAAGAAAUAUGUUUCACCCAAAGGGUUGUAGAUAUUCAGACAGAAAUCAAUGACAAGAACUGGAGCUGUAACAGGCUCAGUAAUUUGCAGUAUCUAAUGUAUGUUAGUCACUGUGCCCAGUUUAGUUUUGAUUGCCAUGAGCAUGCAAAGGCAGUUUUCAUAUGAUGCUGAGGAACAACGGAAGUAACAUAGUUACUUCAAUAAAGAAAAUUCUAUAGUAUUUACUGGACAUUUUCAUUUUUACUUAAAGUCAACAAGGACAAUCAGGUUGUGUAGAAGGUAGCAGUAAUCCCAGAGUCUACCAAAACACAUCACAAUUAAAUAGAGAACAAUGAAGAAGUCUAAACCACCUACUGCCCAAAGCAAUCAUGACAUUUAUGACUUUUCUUUGGAAGAAGAUCCAAGGAUCUUGUUAAAUGGUAGCGGAGUUGACUCCUCGUCAGUAAACUUUGAUUCUGCAAAAAGUGGCCAGGGAAAUCAAGCGUGCAGCCCUUUAUUGCUUCAAUCCAAGGGCUACCAGGCUGCUGUUAAUGAUCCUAUGGAGCACAAUGUCUCACAGAAGAAGAAGCGCAAAAGAUGUGGUGCCUGCAUACCAUGCUUGCGGAAGGAAAACUGUGGGAAUUGUACCAGCUGUUUCAAUCGCAAGAUUGGGCAUCAAAUUUGUAAGCUGAGGAAAUGUGAGCAGCUGAAAAAGAGGCCAGGGGGAUUUGCAGAGGUGGGAUUUGAAGAAGACAUUAAAUUCCAGGCCAAGUUCCUAGCACUAACUGCCAAGACAGGUUCAGGGGUCAGUUCAGUGGAUGGCCUCAGAAUCAGCCCAAUGGAAGGGGGGCCAACCGACCAUGCGGAAGAAAGCAGGCUGAGACAGGGGGCACUGCCCAGCUUGGUUAAUGGAGAGUGGAGGUCAAAGGAGAAACGAGAGCAACUUGGGCUGCCGAAAAAAGGAAAGGUAGAAGAGAAAUCUUUGUUUACUGAAAAUGAAUCAGAAACUAUCAAGAAAGAAGAGGGACAGGAAUGGAUGGAGGACAAUGAGUCAAUAAUGUCACCAUUUAAUCAUACUGUACAAAACAAUAAAUGCUGGCAGAAUUUUGCAUCUGUGGCAAAUCAUGACAGCCAACAAGAUAUUGUGCAACAUGCAGUGGCCAGUAGUGUUGAUUCUAUAACUCCCACUGAUAAUGUGGAUAUGGAAGAUGCCCAGAAUUUGGUGGCCUUUUCAGCAAAUGCUGUAUCCAUGACAUCUUCUACCACCACCAGCGCUCUCACUGAAGCUGAACUGCAGACCAUGCAGCUUUAUGAAAAAUUCAACAUGGAAAUGAGUGGACUUAAUGCUGAGAGUGGACUACCAGAGAUAACAGGCAGUGGUAGUGGAUCAGAUGCUACUGGCAGUGCCCCAGACAGCUGUACAGAGGACCUGAGCACAUUAAGGACUGCCUUGAACCUUGCCAAGCUUGGCAGGAAGCCACCUAAUUGUAACUGCGAUGGUCCUGAGUGUCCCGAUUACCUAGAGUGGCUGGAAAAAAAAAUUAAACAGGCCACCAUGACACUACCAAGCUGUGGAGCCAUUCAGAAUGAUGCCCAUCCUCAUGCUCCCUCAAGAACAACAGCAACUGUUGCCAGCAGUGCUUUUUCUGACCAGUUAUCUUCUGUUCAAACAGUUGGCACCCCUUCUACUACCAGGCUUAAUGCCAUGGAAGAAGAUGUAAAACACAGAACGCAGGCACCCGAACGGCCUGACUGUCUUAGCUCAAAGAUAUUCCCAGGGGAAAACAAUCUGCCCUACUCCCAAAAUGCCCUCUCUCUUGCAAAAGAGAAAAAAAUCACCCUGCAGAUGGCAAUCGCUAUUGAAGCCCUGACUCAGUUAUCCACCAUCCCUCAGAACAUUGUACAAGGUGAGGAAACGUCAGCAGCAAACCACCUCCAUCAUCAUCCUCAUGGUGAAAGCAAUGUGCUCCAAGGGUCCUCCUCCUCCUCCUUUGCCGUGAAAAAUCAGGGUAUGGUGGCGACUUCUUCCACUACUGCUUCUGCUCCACCGAAUGACACCGCUAAUCACCAACAUGCCUUACAGAUGCAAAUUCAGAUGUCCCGCAAUGCUGGCCAAAAUAGUGCCAGUUCUGAUGCUCAGAUGGAGCAAGGCUCACCCCAGUUAUUUCACAACCAAAACAUUUCAGCGUCUGGUGCUCAGAGGCAGUGGCUAAAAGAGGAAACUUUUUGGGAAAACCUCCUAAAAGAUCAACCUAUUAACACUACCACUUCUAGGCUAGAGGAAGAAUCUUUAUCAGAGCAUAACAACAGCAGUGCAGCCCCAGUUAUGCAAAAUGCAUCAGAUGCCUUGUUUCCCAGAUCUGGACCUGGUGCAAAUACUAAACCUUCGAUGGAAAACAGUAAGCUAAUGUGGCAUGGAAACAGUGAAGGCAGUAGCUGUGAAAACUUUAACAAACCCAGCCCACAGACCAAUCCCUGGAUAAUGGCCAAGCAGAAUUGUCCAUCUCCUCCUUUCCCUUUAAAUGACCCAAUGACAGAACUCAGACAACUGCUGGGUGAUGCAAGUUUUAAGUACGUACAGCCAGUGUUUAAGGUGCCAGAAAUAAUGCAACAUAAGAGAGAGAAAGGAGAGUUUCAUGCCUCAAAAUCUAUAAAGGAGCCUCAGCGUUUGAGUGUAGACAGUGAUCCUGGAGAACGUAAAUAUCAUGGUUGGACCAGUGGGCAACAAGCAAGCCAACAUCUGCUCCCUUCUGCCGCUAUGAGUUUGCACCAGAAGACCCAGGCAGCUUUACAACAGCACCUCCAUCAUAAGAGGAAUCUUUUUCAGGAGCAGGACUUGCAGAACUGGUGGGCCCAUGGUGGCUUUGAGACACCACCCAUUAAACAAGAGGUGAAAGAGAAAAAAGGAAAAAAUUAUGCAUCUCUGUCGCAGAAGCAACAACAACUUCUCUUGGGUCUUCAGCAGCCACCACAACCCAAACCCAAACAGAUUAUCAUUAAAAAGACCAAGCAAAAAGCCUCUGUUCCUGCAUUCCUCCCACAGCGUCAGAUUAGCCUGGAUGUAUUCAAGAAGAAAUCACAAGAGGAGCACCAAGCAGCAGUUGCUUCAGCUGCUCGGGAAACUGAAAUCCUGAGUGGGAAAUCUACACCUGAUUCGUGUUUGGUAAGCCAGUACCUUGGUCAGUCCACUGACUUCAAGCAGAACCAAUUUGAAGCAGUAAAUACUCAGGAAUUUCUUACUAACAAUGGUAGUGCUAAGACUGGUUCUGGGCAAAGUGGCUACCUUUUACCUCCACCUGCUGUUGCACCCCCUUCUUCAUUAUCUUCAUGCACUGUCUCUCAGCCAUCAGAGAUCCAUUGCUCAAAUAAUAGAACAGGCGAAAACAGGGAAAGUACAUCUACUCUGGGAGAGGAUAAAAACCCUAGUUAUGAUCUCUCUGGUGUUGCUGGAGCCAAUAAUGUAUCUGAAGGUCAGGCCAGUGACAAAGGAAACUCUACAUCCAAUGAAGGUCUGCAGAAUUUAGAAGACAUUAUUUGGCAAUUAGAGGCUGAAUUUGAAGGCAGCAGUAUUCAACAAAGCCAAACAAAAUUAGACGGUCAGAAGCAAAAUCAGGAGAUAAAGGAAACUCACAACUCUAACUCAGGACAUCUUGAUCUCGAGCCAACCUCAUGUCAGCCUUCAGCUAUUGGUGCUUCACAAACUUCUGAUCCCAAAGUAGGGUCAGAGGAUCAGUCACAAACAAACAACAAAAAUGAAUUAAACAAUACUCCUUCAGUGUCAUCAUCUCAGGGGGGUUCAGAAGGAUGUCUCAAAGGAACAAAUGCCCCUGAAAUGUCUAGGGAACUUCUCUUACAACAACAACAGCAUCGUGUGCUAGAGGACCCCUUUACGGUCCCUUUUUCUGCCCCUCAAUCCCCUAGGAAAUUUAAAAUUGAAUCUACUGGUGCUGUAACUGUUCUCUCCACUACUGGCUGCUUUGAUGAGAGCCAGGACCUGGGGGAUACACCUACCAAGAAUAGUGCUCCUUUUAACCCUUCAAUCAGCGACUUUCUUGAAUCGCCUCUUCGCUAUCUGGACACACCAACAAAGAGUCUGUUGGACACUCCUAACAAAGACAUGCAAGCAGAAUUUCCAACCUGCAACUGUGUUGAACAAAUUGUGGAGAAGGAUGAAGGUCCAUAUUACAACCACCUGGGUUCAGGACCAACUGUAGCAUCAAUCAGAGAGCUUAUGGAAGAAAGAUAUGGACAGAAGGGAGAGGCUAUCAGGAUCGAGAAGGUGGUGUACACUGGUAAAGAGGGUAAAAGUUCACAAGGAUGCCCCAUUGCCAAGUGGGUGAUUCGGAGGUCCAGUGUCACAGAAAAGAUCUUAUGUCUUGUCCGGCAUCGAGCAGGCCAUCACUGUGAAAAUGCAGUCAUUAUUAUUCUCAUUUUGGCCUGGGAAGGAGUGCCACGAGAGGUGGGUGACAGGCUGUAUCGAGAGGUUUCUGAAACUAUCACAAAGUUCGGCAACCCCACUGCACGGCGCUGUGGCCUCAAUGAACUCCGUACCUGUGCCUGCCAAGGCAAAGACUCAGAAACAUGUGGAGCCUCUUUCUCAUUUGGUUGUUCAUGGAGUAUGUACUUCAAUGGAUGCAAAUAUGCUCGCAGCAAAACACCACGCAAGUUCCGAUUGAGUGGAGACAACCCUAAAGAGGAGGAGAACCUGCGGGACAGAUUUCAAGACCUGGCAACCAGAGUGGCUCCAGUGUAUAAGAAGCUGGCUCCCAAGGCCUACAGUAACCAGGUGGCAACAGAAAAUAUGGCCCUUGACUGCCGCCUUGGCUUGAAGGAGGGACGUCCCUUUUCUGGUAUUACUGCCUGCAUGGACUUCUGUGCUCAUGCACACAAGGAUCAACACAACUUGUAUAAUGGCUGCACAGUGGUUUGUACGCUGACCAGAGAGGACAACCGAGCUGUGGGAAAGAUCCCUGAAGAAGAACAACUCCAUGUUUUGCCUUUGUACACCGUCUCACUUACAGAUGAGUUUGGCAGUGAGGAGGGACAACGUCAAAAAAUGAAAAAUGGUGCUAUCCAGGUGCUUUCCAAAUUCCGCCGUGAGGUGCGAAAACUGCCAGAGCCAGCAAAGUCAUGUCGGCAGCGCAGACUUGAGUCUAAGAAAGCUGCGAGUGAGAAGAGGAAACUUUCUAGAGAAAAGUCCAUUGAGACCCCAGAAAAAAUCAUUAAGACAGACGAGCAACCCGUCCCACUUCAAGGAGCUCACAAAGGCAUGCUUACACCUAAGCAAGAAGCAAAACCCACCAUCAAAAUGGAGCCAAAAGACCCUUUUUCCAAAACCAGUGCGGUGCUAGAGAGUUACUCUGUGCUAGGAAACUGCCGCCCCUCAGAUCCUUACAGCAUGAAUAGCGUUUACGCAUAUCCUUCUUACUAUGCAAGAUCCAACCUGCCUCCAUCUUCUCCCAAAUCUGCACCCGUCAAUGGCUUCCACCCCAAGUUACCCUUACCAUAUGGAUAUUACAAUUACCCUCCUAACCACCUCUUCCAGGCACCAUUCAUUGGUUGUGACAGUAGGAAUAGUGGCUGGCCAUCAGAAGGGGGUGGCUAUGACAAGAACACGGAGAGCCAAAGGCUAAACCAUGGAUAUCCUGAAUUUUCAGACCAAGCAAAUGCUGCUGUCUCUGGAAAGCCAGGUUACUCCUCCACAUUAAGAGCUUCACAUGAAUUUUCCCAACCCCUUAAUGGUUUCCAGGCAACUAAUCAGACUCAAGGAGAACCGACACGUUUUGCAAGUCCCAUCAUGAGAGCAAUUAAGCAAGAGCCUGUGGAUUCUGCUUUUUAUUCAGACUGUGGUGUAGGGAGAUGUACUCCCAAAGGAGAUGGAGCCUCAAAGAGUUCCAUGCCAGCAGCUAGCCCGAGUCCACAACUUGAGCAGUGGCCCAGCCACAAAAUGAAUGGGAGCAUGACUUCAGAGAACACUUGGAACAGCAAUCUCAACGCUAAGUUUUCGAGUGGGGCGCAGCGAGCCCCAGGCUCGUGGAACUGUCCAUCGCCUUUUAGUCCCAGCCCAAGUCCUUCUGAAGGGAGAAUACAACUGGACAAGCAAAUGCAACAGCAACAGUGGAAUUCAAUUCAAAACAGCAAAGGUCUCCAUCCUGGAUAUACAUCUCCUUCCCCAGCACCCUCACCGCACCGUUCAAGCACUCCUAGUGUUGGAGCUAGCCUCAAACCAAACAGCAUGCCCAGCACUCCAUCACCCAUUCCACAAGAAAAAUCAUGGAACACAGCUCCAGUGGGAUACAGUCUUGGCAACAGUAAUGGUGAAAAAACUGCAAUAAAUAGCAACAAGACACUCGCUGCUGGUGGCUAUCCAGAGAAGCUAUGGGGCAAAGUAGAUGAAAGCAGGGUUCCCACUCCUCUGGGUCUUCAUGAGAAAGCCUGGAAAUCCUUUGGAGGUUCAGCUGCAGCUGGGGCAGUUGAUCCACCAGAUCAUAAUUUGGCUAUGACCCCUGUGGAGACCCCUGAGGGAAAGGUGUACCCCAACCCUUUCACAGGGAGUGAUGACGACUCAAGAGGGACACCACACAGCACCAAAGUGUGGGGUUCAUGUGACUUUCAGAAAGGAGAAGGCCAAGAGAAAGAAAUAAAGAGAGAGGAGGAGGAGGAAGAAGUAUGGUCAGACAGUGAACACAACUUCCUCGAUCCUACCAUUGGUGGUGUGGCUGUGGCUCCAGCGCAUGGCUCUAUAUUGAUUGAAUGUGCACGCAGGGAGCUCCAUGCAACCACACCUCUCAAGAAGCCAAACCGUACACACCCUUCCCGUAUUUCCUUGGUUUUCUACCAGCACAAAAACCUCAACCAGCCCUGCCAUGGUUUGGCCCUGUGGGAGGCCAAAAUGAAAGUUCUGGCCGAGCGGGCUCGUCAGAGACAAGAAGAAGCAGCGCGUCUUGGUUUGUCCCAGGAAGACAUGAAGGCCUAUGGGAAGAAGCGCAAAUGGGGAGCGAGCAAUGCAGCCAGCCCAGCUCCAGAGAGUCAGCCGAAGAAGAAAAAGGAUUCCUUGCCCACACGCGUGAGCUCCACUGUAAUCACUAACUCCAUUAUCACAGUAUCGUCAUAUGCCUACACGCAGCUCACUGGACCUUACAGUCGCUGGAUUUAACAUCUCCUGGAUACGAUGCAGCAGUCUAGGCUACUAGUAUUCUUUUUUUGGUUGUAAUUUUACCUCAAAUUUGGCAGCAAAGGUCAUCUUUCUUUUUUAGUUUCCUUCUUUUUGAUAAAAAGAACAUGGCAGGAUUUUGUGGUGCUUUACUCUUUCAAAUGGAAGAGAUUUAAAUCCCCCCUGUCUGCUCUACUACUUCACAGUCUCCCCACCUUACUUGGAAACCUCUUCCUAUUUUGGAAAAACUAAGUUAUUGUCUUUGAAGAAGACGUAGUUGGGAGCAAGGGAGUAAGGCAGGGUUGACAGAAGAGAUUACAUAAUAACACGCGUACUCCCACUGGAAGAUAAAGGUGACAUUGGGAUUCAAUAAGAAAGAAAGCUGCAACAAACAAACCUACCGAUAACAAUGCAACAAGAAACAGUCGCUGGACUUUCCUACUAUUUAUAACUGUCUCGUUCUGAAUUUUAUUUGAAAAAACUUGCACAUCACAAAAAGAAGGAAAGAAAACAAGCUGCAUCCUUGGAAGAGAAAUUUUAAAAAUCUAUUUUAAUAGAUAUUUAUUUCAAGAUUGCUUUUGGUUUUAUUUUCCUUUUCUCAAAUCAAUGAAAUAAAAUAAAAUAAAAAAACAGACAGCUAAACAGCACAGUGCGUUGGUCAAAGCGCCUUCACGCCAUAGCCCGGGAAGGCCUUGAACCUAACGAGUGCUGCAGGCUUUUCUGCGGGGAUUUCCUUUUUUUUUUUUUUGUUCUUUUGUCUUAACUUUACUAUCUGAACGGAGUGCAUCUUGUGCCGAAGUAACUUUGUUUUUUUUUUUUUGCUGUUGUUUUUGUUUUUUACAUUUGGUCUGCCUCACCCACCCUGUUCUCUAAGACUUAGAUGGACAAACACAGUGCACUGGUCAAAAGUGAAGGAGCUAACUGGACACUAGGUGUGCAAAUACAUCUCAGAAGCCUGUAUUUCUUACAGUGUGUCCUGAUAUAUAAACAUGGAUAUAUAUAUAUAUAGAGAGAGAGAGAGAUAGAUAGAUAGAAUAUAUAUAUGUGCAUAUUUAUAUAUUUAGUAUACUCAAAACAAUGCUGAACGUUCCUUUCACCUUGGCCGCCUUUUCUACAACCAACAGCAGCCCAACAACAGAUCUCUGAGGUUGUCCCCAGGUGUAAAAUUGUUGAGCAUCGAAUAGAAAAUGGACACCGACCAAAGCUUUGAGUUUUUGCUUUGUCUCACACACUUACAUAACUACAAUAUGCAGCUACUGUUUUGUUUUUUUGUUUUGUUUUGUUUUCAUUUUUUUGGGUUAUUUUACUGGUGCUUUUAACAAAUGUCUGAGAUCUUUUCUGCUAGUUUUCCUGUUUUCCACACUAAUAGGCACAGAUGCAAACACAGACAUGGAACCUCCAGAAUUCUGUAGUCACCUUGUAGGCUGUUUACAAAACAAACAAACAAACAAACAACAAAAUAAAAAGUGUUUCCCGAUGCCUUGUUCUCAGGCUUUGGGGCACCCCAUCUACCUCCUGACACUCAAAAGUCAUGACCACGGCAUGGCAUGCGUCCUUUUGAUACUUCGUGAAAACGUUUUAAACUGAGAAAAAUGGACAGCUCUCUACUGUUAAUCUGAAAUUUCACCAGUUUCUAAUUCGGAAAAUGAUACAGGAUGCUUAUACAGCAUUAGUCUGAAGUUGGUGACUCCGCCAUUGCAGUUUAAACCCCACAAGGUUUCACUUCUGUGUUCUUGCUCGUCUGUGAGGUGCUUCGUUUAACAUGCCUACAUUUAGACAUAGUGUGGAAAACAAGUGGUGCUCUUAGCAGAUGAAAGCGUCUUUGGACUGCUGUCUUUCAAGAUGUUUCACAACUCAUUCUAAUACAGGAAACUCCACUGGUGCCAUUUGAAUUUACUGUAAUAUCUUCAGUGUACAUGGUGCUCCUUUAACAGCCUACAGUCCUUAAGCGUUGAAUGAGAACAUAAAUCAACCUGCUGAGGAACACGGGUAUCGCGUGGCACAGUUUGAAUGCAGUAGGCGUACUGUAUUAACCAGCGUAUAAGCUGAACAGAAGUUUCUGAUUCCUGUCUCCCUUAACUGUGAAAGCAAAUAAAUCUGUUAUAUGUAGUGCAUUUUUAGGAUGGGAAAUGCACUUGGUGCAGAGUAGGACCUCCUCUAAGGUGUGAAAAGCAGUGAAGAGUUUACAAAACACUUGCUCAGUUCAUUAUUGCAUGAGAGCCAAAAAAAAUAAAAAACAAACACAAGGUGAAUGAGUGCACGGACUAGAUAAGCGGGUCACUGUGUGACUCACUGAAGCAUGGCGGCCACUCUUCUGCAGAUCUGCAGUGUUCAGCUAUCAUGAUGGGCAGUGCGCUCCACUUCCCUUCCCACUUUUUAGGUUUAAAUAGUUUUGAGCGGUUUUUAGUCCGUUAGGAUCACGCAAGGGUCCGGCGAGUUUAUAACAGUAUCCUUGAUGCCCGUCUUUCUAAGCCAGUCCCAAUUCCUCUGUGCCUCACUAGAGAGAGUUUUCUAAUUUGAUUUUUUUAAGAACCCUACAGGAAGCAGAGCAGUUUGGCAUGCACCUUGUCCCGGUGGUGCUGGACACACUCACUUUGGUAUAGAGGAGCUUUCGCGGGGUGCUGGUUGAGCAUGUGGCAGGUAUGUAAGUGGCAUCUCUUCUUUAAACAGCUCACCUCUUUGACAAUGGGCAUGUCGGCCGCUCACAGACACGGUAAUGGCGCCUGUUUAUUUGUGCUGGAUUCAAAACCACCUUCACUUUAGCAGUCUUCUCGCUGUCUUCACCUGGAGUUUUAAGUCACAAAGGAUAAUUGUUCCCAUUUGGAAGGUACCUCACUCCUGCUCACAAAGUUUGAGGCUCAGACCAACCGCCUAGUUUGUUUCAUAGGAUCUGUGUGUGAAUGCGAGUCACUAAAUCAAUGAGAGCCAAGCGCGGUAGAAUGGUUGAAGUUUUCCAGGGAAGCUCAGAUGCACAUAUUCUGUUCGUUCUUCUUUUUUUUAAUCGGAACAUGCUUGCUCCAGCAUACUCAUUCAGGUUCCUGUACAGAUAACUCGCUUUAUUUUAGGAUCACCUCUUUGUGGUGCAAUGACGCUGUUAACAUUUUAAUGUGGACUGUUGUGGCUUGUGGGCUUUCUCCUGUUCGAAAAAUGGUGGCUCCCGCGUACUGAGCAGAAUUACUGCUUGUAGCAGCGUCUCUGCUUACAAACUGGCGAGGAGGAGACGUCAGGCUCCAGCCUCAACGCAGGGCAGGAGCAGCCAUUUGCCUCCAUGCUGGACGGCAAACGCUUACAGGCCGCAUCGAUACACACACGCAGCGUGCUUUUUAACAAACACACUCAAGGAGACCCUUUAAUAUUUGUGCUCUGAUUAUGUAUCUUUUUGUUUAAAAUUGUAAAUACAAAAAAAAAAAAUAUACAAAGCACUUUUAAACUCAGUUUUAAAACAAAAUAAUGACAACUUGAAGCAAGUUUAUUUAACAGAAUAUUAUUGGGAGAAUACUGUAAAUAGUAGUGCAAGAUUAUCAUGAAAAUAUAAGAAGAAGAAGAAGAUGAAACAUAGCAUCCAAUCACAGUUUUCUAUUUUUUUUUUGUAAGAUAUGAGAAAAAUUGUAGUACUUUUUCCUGUCAUUUUUGCUGUUUAUUCUUGUAAGUGUAGGAGUUUUUCAUAACACAUGUCUAGAAAAUAAAAAAAAAAAAUGUUCUAUGUUGUAUUCACUGUUUUUUUUUUUUUUAAUUGACGUACAACUUCUAUGUGAUAAAAAUUUAUAAGCACUAUUAUUGAAAUGUGUUUCUUUUCUUACUGUUGACCUUUGAGCAUCCGAAAUGAAAUUCCAAGGCUGACCCGCUAGAUUUAAAAAGUGGAAUUGACAGAGGCGUGUUCAGUUCAGCUGGCAUUGGGCAUCGGGCAGAGUCAUUGAGAGACGGGCGGGGCGGGCGGCACUGGGGUGGCUUAGCCAGGUGGUGCCCACCGGGUGGACGUAGUCAGCUGUUAGCCUUCUCAGCAUCUGCCAGGGUUGCCAACUUUACCAAGGAGAAGCUAGUUGGUGUUGUGAAACCAGCCGAGCAGGCAUUUGGUCGUGUUGGUAUAGCCUGUAAGCUCUCACCUCUCCAACAACGUUAGUGCACCAUAGAGCAGCAUUAGCACAUUAAGAAGAAGAAGAAGAGGAAGAGGAAGAAUAUGUUUAUUUAUGUAGUGCUUUUCUCUUGCUCAAGGCGCUUAUUCUGCAUAACCCUCACCCAUUUGUUGAGCUGUGUACUUUGAACUUGUAGACUGUGGUGCUCCUCCAGUAUUUACUGUAUCAUGAAUAAUGGACUUUAACUUCCGACAUUAAAUCACUCUGGAAUGAGCCAAACCGAAGAAGAACAGUAAAACAGCAUAAAGGCAUUGCUGCUGUGAUGAGUGAGCGAGCGAGCGACUGACUGACUGACUGACUGACUGACUGACUGACUGACUGACUGACUGACUGAGUGAGUGAAUGAAUGAAAACACUGAGUUUUACUCUCUUUUUGCCUUUAAUCUCUCUUGAUGUUAUAGAAAGUAUCCUUGCCAAUAUUUGACAACUUUUGCUAACUGGACAUUAAGAACACAAGACUUAAUGUUUCUGUCCCAACAAAAUUAAUUUGCACUCUCCCUGCAACUACUUUUGUUACUGCUAUUAUUACAUUUUGAAUUUUUUUGUAUCUUUGAAAUUCUGUGUCUCUAGAACAUUAGUCGGCAGCUACGUUUUUCGGAGUAUGUUAAUGAGUGUUGUCAAUUUAAAAUGAUACUCUUUUAUUUCAUUGGUGAAGAAUCCUCCCCAUUGGUUGUGUUGGGCUAAUCCUUCAGUGCUUUCUACUCAUCAGUUCUGAUUUAGAUUUUCGACUCAAGGCGUCCUGUUAAAAAAUUGUUCCAGUCUCUUGUAAAGCUUUUCUCUCCAGAUGUAGUGAAGCACUCUGUAGCUGUUAUGCCACACCGUGUCCAUGUUUUCACAAUCAGCCAUGCGUUCUGUUCAUUUCCAUUUUUUAGUCAGUUGCUUAGUUCUCUUUGACGCACGUGCUCUUGUUGGUGGUUCUUUUUUGUCAUAACUUUGGCUGAUGUUUCAUUCUGAUGCAUGGCUCAAAAAGCUGAGUUGUCCCAGACAGAGUUUUGGGAGCCAGAGCAGCAGUGGCCAUGAAUGUGAGGAGUGUUAGCAUUACACGCACUAAGCCAAUUUAGAGUCACCCGUCCACUUUUUAACACAGCUGGGUAACACAGGGAGAACAUGUAAAGCCCACAAAGAUGGUCCCCAGCCAUGAAUCAGACGAGGCAGCAGGUGAAUGCCAUCUAUUUUAAUAAAUUUGCCCAUCUGUAUUAGCGAUUUUGUGCUCACUGAUUGUAACGAUUGUCAUUUUUAAAUGAUUUUAAGGACAAAUUGUCAUUGCAAUAAAGCAUCAGUGAAUUACAUUUUAAAUGAAACGAUCUCAUUGAAAGGAGUUUCCCAGAAGUUAAAGACUUGAACGGUGGCAUUGUAAAGUCAUACAGCUGAUGACAGCAUUGAAAUAGGGCUACCCACUAAGACAGCAAAGAGUCAAGGGUCCGGAAUGCUUAAAUUACAUUGAGCCCACCCUCGUCUCCUGAUUUUCCCACAGCAUUUGACUAACAGCUAGUGAGCCACUCACAGUAGGGCAACAUUAGAAGUUGGGCAGGUGUAAGAAGGCCGUUGAGCUUUGGUGGUCAGUCACACCUCACUACUGCUCCUAUGGGCCGAGGUGCAAACCAAAACGGACAUGUUGAAGUACUCACGGGUGGUCCAGUUGACAAUUAGUCAACAAGGCAAAACAAACACUGCUUUUUUUUAUUUUAGGCCAUCCAAAUCACCUUAUUUUACUUAAUGAACUACAAAAAACAAAUCAUAAAAAGCAGCUUCCAAAUGUACUUUGUGUCCGAGCUGCAAAGGUUAAAUUGCCUUUUUUGUGAUUACCAGACCUCUUGUUGGCAGUGCAGGCCUUCAUGACAAUCAUCUGCCAAUUUUUCUGUCGCCCGAGUCUAUCUAAUGUGCUGCAGGCCCGUUGCCAGUAAGUGUUGUCAUUGCGCGCAGCCAACAAGUCCAGCCAACGGCUACCCCUCCUGCGGAAAUCCCUGCUGCUCACUCCUUUGAUGCAGCCUGCCUGCUCUCCUUCAGUCUGUGUGGUCCCAUUUAAUGUAAAAUGAUGUUAUUUGGAUCUUGCUAAAAUGUACAUUUCAAAAGUUUCUCAUCACACAUGUUAAGCUUUUCAGGCGAAUAAAAAGGUUAUCCUUAUUCAACGCGAUUGAUCUCCCGUAUUUCUUUGGGAGAGCAGCAAUAUUAAUACGACUGAAAAGAAAAUAAUUUAUUGUAGAUUCUACUGAAUAAAAGAGCUAACAUGGUGCACAUGACAGUCAGCCUUGAAGAGAGUAAAGCUCAGGGAUCUCAGCCUUGACAUGCCGUCGGUGCCCAUUUAUGUAAUUUGGAGCAGGGAGACAGCAUGGAGUGACGUUAUGUCCUAUUCUGUGCAGAGUCAAGCUACAUUUAGGUGACUUGUGUGCGUCUUUGCAUUGACGAGGAAAAGUUAGUCUGCGUUAUCUUUUGACUUUGCAGUUUAAACGAGAGAGGGUUGGGUGUGCAGUGUUUUAAUUCUGAAACUUGCUCCUGUGCAGCCAGGACAUGGUGUAGCAAUGUUAGAGCCCGUUAAUCACAGUCUCACAUAAACAGACUGUACUGAACUAUUCAUAGAGUAUGUUACAAACCGUAUCUAUAAUAUGUAGAGAAUAAAAGACAUUUUCAAAAAAAUCUCAAAACUACUGUUAGUUUAACUAGUCAAAUCGGGCUCAGACCAUACAGUAACAGUGAGAAGGCAUCAUGAAGUUAACAAGCGAUGGAAUUGUGAUCUUUGACAUUCCUUAAGACCAUUUGCUUCUUAGACUGGAUUCUAAAGCCACACUGUAGUUACUCAGUUUUAUUUAAAUUAUUAGUCGGCAGGCAUUUUGAUUUGGGUGAAAUCGAUUAUGUGGGGCGAUGUUUUGUGUUGUUGUCUGAACUAAGGGUAGCACAGACAGGGUAUUGCACUUCUUCAGACAUCUUUAAAGACUCAGUAGUGCCAAACAUUGGACACCUUGUUAGUACAUCAGUGUUUAGAUUACCUGAUGAUUCAUUUUGAACUGGGAAACAAAUUGGCCAUCGGUGAGCAGAUUGGUGAUUUCUUCUGCUCUCGUUUUCCCCACUUUUUCGUCUAUAUUGUGGACAACAGCACACAAUUCCUUAGCAGUUUCCUAACUUCAGAGAACCGUAUAGUAAAUUUUACAAUGAAGGCAACAAUCCACAGAGUGACUGGUGCAUCCGAUUAACCUGACAAAACACAGUGAUAAUCAAGCGUCCAUAUUGAGUCGAUAAGUGAAACAGCAGUAAAUCAAGCGGAAAGGAAACAUCACUCUAUUACAUGCCUCUAUUUCUGUAUUAAAUGUUUGGAAGUUAGUCCUGUCUUUAAAAUUAAAUUUAAAUUAAUCGACAUUAUUAAAUGGGACAUGCUUGCGUCUUUCUCUCGCAAUAUAAUCCCUUACUCAUUUUGUUUCACCGUAAAUCUUAAAACUGCGAAAUGAAACAAUUUUUUGACUUGUUUUAAAAUUUCUCCCAUAUGUGCCGACUAGUCGAGUCAUUUCCCUCAUGGGCAGCCUUAGAAGUUACGCACAGUAAGUGCUUUUCGACACCGGGAAGCAAUUUCGAGAAUUGCGUAACCACUUUUGAAACCUCAAAUCAGUUCUCCCAUCCGCAGGUCUGCUUUCACUUUACGUCACUCUUGUUCUGUUGUUUCUGGAGUCAUAUAUUUAAAGUGAAUAAAACCCUAACUAGAAGCAAGUGGAAUGAUAGGACUGUCACUGUUGACUUCACUUGCUCUGUUGAGUAUUGCAGUGACUUUGCAGAAGAGCUGAAGGAAUGUCCCUAAGCUGGUCAUGAGCAGUUUGAACCCGCCUCAGUAUUAUCAUCGCGCCUUUAGUACACACACAGGAGGGCAAGUCGUCUCAGUAAGCAGUACCGAGUACCCCAGUGGAUGGACUGACGCUAGGGUCAGCACUUUUAAAGCGAGGGUGGGAACUCACAGAAGAAGCCACCAGACUGUGACGAGGUUUCAGUACCUGGCUGGGUGUUCUUUCCAUAUUCUCCCUGUGUUCGUGUCAGUUUUUUUUCCAGGGUUGCCGGUCUCUCCCCAGAGUCGGAAAUGUGGUUCGAUUCUUUAAUGGCCUUUGUCAGUGUGUUUGAGUUUGUGAGUGCCCUCCCUUACAGGCUUAUUUCCUGAGCUCUGGCCUCCCCAUAACUCUGUACUGAAACAAGCAGACGUUGAAAAUGAAUUGAUAUUGCGGACAAAUCAGCACGUUGUGUUCUGACUUUCUCGUUGGAUCGGAUAUCCAGUCCUCCGACUUCCCUGUUGGUUGGAACUGUUCACGUUUCCAAAUUUCCAUCGGUAUCUUGACUUGCCAGGUCUCAGUGCUUGGAAAUGGGCUCCUGGCUUGUUGAUCGCUUAGGCAAAGAGGGACUAAGAAAAUGAGGCUGUUGUGGAAUGUCCUGCCUAAUUUUUAAUGUAUAAUAAUUAUUUAAAGUGAUUGAAAUUAGUGUAGCAUUAUGAACCCCCACCCCCCCAUCCCUCGACUUGGUGGACUUAAAUCUUUUUUAAACCUCAAAUAAAAAUACCUCACAUUUUGAAUCCAGUCAAAAAGCAGACCUCCGAUUUGGCAGCACCAGUGUACAAGAAUGAAAUGUAAGAGCUGGGGGGCUUGUUUUCACUUCAGGGCCAGCGUAGGCCCGCUUCACCAUUGACGUAACUCGUGUUUUGUGAUUUGCUUCAGUUUUAGUGUCGAGUUUCUUAGCUCCUUAACAAAACUUUGAAAGUCGGCCUCACUAAAAAAGCAUGCAAAGCUGUUGGCUUCAGAAGAGAUUUUUGAGAAGGCCGUCUAUGACACAGCGGUCCGCCCAUGUCUUAUAGAUUAUUCGUACAUGCAGUGUAUUGCUUGGCCCACGUCUCGGUAUAUUCGAAGGGUAUGAACAUCUCCAGGUUGCUCCUGGCUAGUCAGGGUGGCGUCAUUUCUACCUCAGCUGGACAUUACAAUGUUUGUGCACCGCCUCUUUGUUCUUGCUGGGGCCCUGGAGAGUCAAAGCAGUUUCCCUUGUCACCGGCGACAUGGAAUGUGUCACUUUCCCAGUGCUUCAGGCUCCCUUGCGUCCUUUUUGACGUAGUUAAGGGAUAUUCACUACAUGGCCAUUCUGUCUGGACACACCUCCGUUGUGUGUGGCUGGGUUUUCCUGACAUAACCAGAGACAUCAGUGUCAGGGUGGAGCUGCAACAGCCUUCACCGAUUGUAUCUCUCUUGCUGUGAUGCAGUAGCAUGGCAGGGAUGACCCUCCGCUGGGCAGGGUGCCGCCAGCAUCGAUGAAUCUUACAUAUGCCCCAAAAGCAGACAUUAGCCUGCGUCCGAGCUACCUCAAAGCUGGUGAGAGACGGCCGGCCCGCUUGCUCUUCGUGGCUUUGUGUGGCGAGCUUUUAUUUCUCUUCCGGUGUGCACAGCAUGUUGCCCGAGCUGAAUGUAACUGUGAAUUCACCCAGUUUCAUACCUAAAAAAAGAAUUUCGGUGUGAUGGUGGGGUAAUAACGGCUGAAAAAACCCAAAGGCCUUAGAUUCAAAAUUUGCUUGGCUAAAAUGAGACCCGGCCCUAGCCUGGUAGAUACAAUUGCCCCGCAUGAGGUAUUGCUUCGUUGGAGUCGAACACUUCAUACGGCAUGGUGGGUGGCACACAGCGUGAAUUCGAUUCCCGAGCCGGUCAGUGUCUUGCGUGAAUUUUGAACCUUUUUCCAGUUACCUUCCAUAACCCAAAAGCAUACGUCUGAAGUUAUUUGGAAUUGUAAAUUGGCCUAAUAUGAGCAAACCUAAGUGUGUCCUGCAACGAACCCGUAGUAGACAGCGGGCUUCAGAGCUGCUCUGAUGGGCCCUCUUGAUUCAAAAGACCUUUUCUCGUGGUACGUUUGUUCCCAUUGACUGAGCAGAUUUUGAAACUAAACCCUUCAGCUGAACUCGCGCCCAAAGACUACUGUCCCCGUGAAGUGGGUGUGGAGGCUCAUCUACCUGUCCUGAGCAGCCAUGGCACCCAAGUCGGGGUGAGUUCUGGUUUUGGAAGAGCGGGGAGAGUGAAGGACAAAGAAAAAUGAAAUGGAAAGAUGACUUGGGCCCCUCCUUGUCGCCAGGCUGGUACUGCUUUGAUCCACGAUCACAUACCCCCAACCCCACCGUUUUACUGCAGGCCAUAAUUCAGGGAUGUUUUCUGAAUUGUUCAACGUUGAUUUAAGCUGUUUUGUUUUUUUUUAUUUUGAUAUUAACAAAUAUUAUCAACCACCAAGGAGGAAAAAAAAAAACAAAAAACCCAACAACUAUUGCAAAUCCCCCCAACCCGACACACAGGCACACCUUACCAACCGAGCGACGUUGGGCAGGGUCCUUGUGUCCACUUUAACACGUAACAGUACGCUGUUCCUUUUUUUAUAUAGAAACUCUUCUUUCGGAUAAUAGUAAUAGUAAAUAAUAACAAUAAUGUUAAAACUUUAUGCUCAUUUUAGAUGUAUUUAAAAUUUAUAUAUAUAUAUUAAGGAGAAAAAAAA